AUGGUGGUACCAAACACCUCACGUUUGCUAUGCGGUGUAGAACUGGUCACAAGUAACCUCAUGGAAAUGUUUGUCAUGCUUGAUUGUCCAGAUCUUUUAGAACGGCACAGGAAAUGCUGCACGGAUCAUGGCGUCUGUUAUAUUUUCCGGAAACCAUGGAAAGUAUGUGACAGAGAUUAUUGCGGCUGUGUCUACAAAAUUGCUGGAAAAGCUGGAGGGAUUUGCCAGGCUCAUGGUGAAAAUUUCUGUAAAAUUGUUACGGAUACUGGUCGGAAUGUCUACGAUUACCAUGGAAAAUGA